AUGCUGCAGAGCACUCUGACUCGGCUGGUACUUGCUUCGUGCAAUGACUCUUCAGCUACUCUUCGAGAUCUGGGGGGUUUGACCUCAGUAAUUCUUCUACUUUCUGCCUUACUCUUCAAAGUGCUGUAUGUGCCGGUGCCAUCUUCAUCCCGAAAAGGUCGUUCCCCUCCGAGCUUGCAAUUACCUAGCUGGAAAGUCUCUCAGUUCUUCUUUGAGAAGAGGUUUGAUUUCAUCAAAAAUGGCUUCAGGGCGACGUCGUCAGCCAUUUACCAGACCAAGCUGUUCCAACAUAACGCCAUUGUUCUAUCUGGGGAUGAAGGCCGACAAGUCUUCUUCAAGGAGAAGGGUCUUUGUCUAUAUGAUACGUUCUCAAUCAUGAUGGGCAGUAGCGCUUCUAAAUUUGACCCUCACCAAGUCGAUGGCGUAGUGCGACGAAUGGCUUCGAUUCAACGACCCGAGAACCUCCAGAGAUUGAUCCCAUUGAUCUUGUCAGAAUGCCAGAGUAAGAUGAAGGCAUGGGGCAACGAGCAUAUACUCGACCCCUGCUCUUCUCUUCACGAGGUCACGUUUCAACUGGUCAUGCGCAUUGUUUCCUUCGAUAUUGCCAACGAUCCAGUGCUUUCAGCUCGUCUUAAGUCCCUUGUUGACACUGUCGACUCUAUCGCUAACCCAUACUCAACUUGGCUCCCUUGGCUCCCUGGCCCGGCCUUGUUCCACAAGUUCUUUGCUUCUGUUCAAAUUUACAGAAUCGUGCAAGCGGGAGUUUACGCCAGGAGGACGAGCGGAAUCAGGAAGGAUGACAUGCUGCAGCAGAUGCUUGAUGAUGGUGACAGCAUGAUUCGGAUCUUUGGGUGUAUGCUAGGGCUAUCACUAGCUGGAGCCCGUGCUACUGGAACAAUCGUAACAUGGCUAAUCAUGCACAUCUCCUCGGACCCAACUUGGUCCUCGAAUAUCCAAGAGGAGAUCAAAACCUUCAUAGCCACUCACACAUCCGCAUCCGCCUCUCUCUCUGGAGAUGCCCUUACCCAAGCCCUCUCAGAGAUCCCACUCACAGCCUGGGAAUCCCAAACACCCAACCUCGACCUCUGCAUACGUGAAACGCUGCGCACCUCACAGCCAUAUACAGCAGUACGAAAGAACACAGGCCCAGAUCUUACGAUUGGGUCAUACGUUAUCCCCUCGGGAUCUCUCGUUGUUUAUCCAUUUUCGGAUACAGCGCUCAACCCAAGCUACUACCCGGACACAACUCGCUGGGAUCCAUCUCGGGUGAUUGCAAAAGAAGCACCAUUUGUUGGCUGGGGUGGAGGAAAGCAUGCUUGCAAAGGCCAGCGACUUGCCACGUUGAGCUUGAAACUUGUGGUUGUUCAAGCUUUGAUGCGGUUUGAUAUUACGGUGGUCGAUGGACACGGUAAAAAGAUGAAUCGUCUUGCUGCUCCUGAUUGGAACGACUCUGCUACUUGUCGCCCAAAGGAGGAAUGCGGAAUCAAGUUUGUUGCGAAGUAG